GGCGGCGGGCGGCGGGCGCGGGGCGCGGAGAGGCCGGGGGCCCGGUGGGCGUGAGGCGGGGGCGCCGCGCUCCUGCUCGGUGCCGUCGGCUCAGUGAAGGGUUUCCAAACCUUUCACGUAAAAGCUGUUUUUGUUGUUGUUUUUUAAGGAGCUCCAUAACCGUGGUCGCAGGGCCGCCCCGGACUUGAAGGGGUGCCGCGGUGCACGUCCCGUUGUAUGCUUUCAUUUAUUUCCCCGCCGAGCGCGCGGCCCGGGGCCUCCCCCGGUGCCGGUUCGGACCGGCCCUCCGCGGCCCCUGCCCUGGCGUCGGCGUCGCCGUCGUGCUGAGCGCGGGGGGACCCGGCACGGCCCCGCCGGCCACCGGGCGCCCGCCUGCGGGAGGACAGCUGCGGGAACGGCGUCUCGAGCAUGGGCUUCAUCUGUAGUUUGCAGUGAAGACUGAUAUUUUGAAGGCACAUUCUUUCUGUGAUUCAUGUCUUAGCCUAUAGCGCUAACCUUGAAGAGAUUUGUGGUUGGGUUUUGGGUUUCUAAGAAGGUCAUAGUUUUUCUUCUUUUUCUUUCGGUUUUUUUCCCCGACGGGGGAGGGGCGGGGGGAUGAGAACGGACACCAUGCUCGCUGGUACAAGUAGAAUGGAGCCUGAGUUCCCAGGGUCCUGAGAGCCAGCAGAGAGCAUUCGAGCAUCGGAGCAUCCGACCGUGAGGUUGGGAGGCCCUCCUCCCACCUUUCUUAAAAAUUGCAGCCGACUCAGCCCCGAUCAAGACAUCAAAACUGCAGGAUCCUAGCUCCGCGAAGACACUGAGAAACCAUGAGUGUGAGGUUACCCCAGAGCAUAGACAGUCCCAUUGCAGCCUGGUUAAGUAGCCUGUCUUUGGGAGAUCCGGCACCUGAACGCAGGUCCCCUUCCCACCUCCGCCAGCCCUCUGACACCUCUGAGGCAGCAGGUCUUGUUCAGCGCUGUGUCAUCAUCCAGAAGGACCAGCAUGGCUUCGGCUUCACGGUCAGUGGGGACCGUAUCGUUCUGGUGCAGUCUGUGCGGCCUGGAGGGGCAGCUAUGAGAGCUGGCGUCAGAGAGGGCGACCGGAUCAUCAAAGUGAACGGCACCAUGGUGACGAACAGCUCACACCUGGAGGUGGUGAAGCUUAUCAAAUCCGGCGCCUACGUCGCACUGACCCUUCUGGGCUCUUCCCCCUCAUCUGUCGGUGUCUCUGGGCUGCAGCAGGACCCUGCCCCAGCUGGAGCCCCCCGAGUCGCCCCUGUGGUCCCCCCGCCGCCUCCACCACCACCUCUGCCCCCUCCACAGCGCAUCACAGGGCCCAAACCAUUGCAGGAUCCCGAAUUCCAAAAACAUGCCACCCAGAUCCUUCGUAAUAUGCUGAGGCAGGAGGAGAAGGAGUUACAGCGGAUCUGCGAGGUGUACAGCCGGAACCCCACCAGCCCGCUGGAAGAGCGGAUUGAAGGUGCCCGGAGGCGCGUCACUCAGCUACAGCUGAAGAUCCAGCAGGAGACGGGGGGCUUCGGGGACGUACCCCCCCUACAUGGCGACGCCAGCCAGAGAGCAUCAGAAGGCCAGCUGCCUCUGGAUUCCCAGGAGGCGGACAGCGGCUGGGACUCUGGGACAGAGCGCUUCCCCUCCCUCAGUGAGGCGCUGAUGAAUCGGAGCUCGGCGCUGUCGGACCCUGGGCCGGACAGUCCCCAAACCUCGCCUGUGACCAUGGCCCGGCUGGCCCAGCACCACCGGCGGCAGGGCUCGGACGCACCAGUGCCCAGCGCCAGCGACCAGGGCACAGACCAAAGCCCGAAGCCUUUAAUUAUUGGCCCAGAGGAAGAUUAUGACCCGGGUUAUUUCAACAACGAGAGCGACAUCAUCUUCCAGGACCUCGAGAAGCUGAAGGCACGGCCAGCUCACUUGGGCGUUUUCCUGCGCUACAUCUUCUCUCAGGCCGACCCCAGCCCGCUGCUUUUCUACUUGUGCACAGAGGUUUACCAGCAGACAAACCCCAAGGAUUCCCGUGGCUUAGGAAAAGACAUCUGGAAUAUUUUCCUAGAGAAAAAUGCGCCGCUGAGAGUGAAGGUCCCAGAGGUGUUACAGGCUGAAAUUGACUUGCGUCUGCGCAGCAGUGAGGACGUCCGCACCGUGCUCCGUGAAGCUCAGGAGGCGGCCAUGCCCGAGAUCCAGGAGCAGAUCCAGGACUACAGAACAAAGCGCACCCUGGGGCUUGGCAGUCUGUAUGGAGAAAAUGACCUGCUGGACCUGGACGGGGACCCUGUCCGAGAGCGCCAAGUGGCCGAGAAGCAGCUGGCCGCCCUGGCAGACAUUCUGUCCAAGUACGAGGAGGACAGGAGCACCCCCAUGGAAUUCGUCCUCAAUACCUACAUGAGCCACGCUGGGCUCCGUCUCCGAGAGGCACGGCCUUCCGGCACAGCUGAAAAGGCCCAGGCAGCUCCUGACAAGGACAAGUGGCUGCCCUUCUUCCCAAAGACCAAGAAGCAGAGCAGCAAUUCCAAAAAAGACAAGGACGCCCUGGAGGACAAGAGGCGAAACCCUAUCCUCAAGUACAUCGGGAAGCCCAAAAGCUCUUCGCAGAGCACAUUUCAUAUUCCCUUGUCCCCUGUGGAAGUCAAACCAGGCAACGUGAGGAACAUCAUUCAGCACUUUGAGAACAACCAGCCGUAUGAUGCCCCAGAGCCUGGGACGCAGCGGCUGUCCACCGGAAGCUUCCCUGAGGACCUGCUGGAGAGCGACAGCUCCCGCUCAGAGAUCCGCCUGGGCCGCUCUGAGAGCCUGAAGGGCCGGGAAGAGAUGAAGCGGUCCCGGAAGGCAGAGAACGUGCCCCGCUCUCGCAGUGAUGUGGAUAUGGAUGCGGCCGCAGAGGCCGCCCGCCUCCACCAGUCAGCCUCGUCCUCUGCCUCCAGCCUCUCCACCAGGUCUCUGGAGAACCCAACCCCUCCCUUCACCCCCAAAAUGGGCCGCAGGAGCAUUGAGUCCCCCAGCCUGGGCUUCUGCACAGAUGCCCUCCUCCCCCACCUCCUGGAGGAUGACCUGGGCCAGCUGUCGGACCUGGAGCCAGAGCUGGAUGCCCAGAACUGGCAGCACACAGUGGGCAAGGACGUGGUGGCCGGGCUAAGCCAGAGGGAGAUUGACCGGCAGGAGGUCAUCAACGAGCUGUUUGUGACGGAAGCCUCCCACCUGCGCACACUCCGGGUCCUCGACCUGAUCUUCUACCAGCGGAUGAAGAAGGAGAACCUGAUGCCCCGGGACGAGCUGGCCCGGCUCUUCCCCAACCUGCCUGAGCUCAUUGAAAUCCACAAUUCCUUGUGCGAGGCCAUGAGGAAGCUCCGGGAGGAGGGCCCCAUUAUCAAAGACAUCGGUGAUCUCAUGUUGGCUCGGUUCGACGGCCCUGCCCGGGAGGAGCUCCAGCAGGUGGCUGCCCAGUUCUGCUCCUACCAGUCCAUCGCCCUGGGGCUCAUCAAGACCAAGCAGCGCAAGGAGAGCCGCUUCCAGCUCUUCAUGCAGGAGGCUGAGAGCCACCCUCAGUGCCGGCGGCUGCAACUCAGAGACCUAAUCAUCUCGGAGAUACAGCGGCUCACCAAGUAUCCCCUGCUGCUGGAGAGCGUCCUCAAGCACACAGACGGUGGCACCUCUGAGCACGAGAAGCUCUGCCGGGCGCGGGACCAGUGCCGGGAAAUCCUCAAGUAUGUGAACGAAGCGGUGAAGCAGACAGAGAACCAGCACCGGCUGGAGGCUUACCAGAAGCGCCUGGACACCACAUCCUUGGAGAGGGCCAGCAACCCCCUGGCGGCAGAGUUCAAGAGCCUGGACCUUACAGCGAGAAGGAUGGUCCACGAGGGGCCCCUGACCUGGAGGAUCAGCAAGGAUAAGAGCUUGGACCUCCACGUGCUGCUGCUGGAGGAUCUCCUGGUGCUGCUGCAGAAGCAGGACGAGAAGCUGCUACUCAAGUGUCACAGCAAAACGGCCGCAGGCUCCUCAGACAGCAAGCAGACCUUCAGCCCCGUGCUCAAGCUCAACGCCGUGCUCAUCCGCUCCGUGGCCACAGACAAGCGGGCCUUCUUCAUCAUCUGUACCUCGAAGCUGGGCCCCCCCCAGAUCUACGAGCUGGUGGCACUGACAUCGUCAGACAAGAACACAUGGAUGGAGCUCUUGGAGGAGGCUGUGCGGAACGCCACCCGGCACCCGGGAGCUGCCCCCGCGCUCGUCCAUCCCCCACCCCCAGGUGCCCAGGAGCCAGCGCACCAGAGCCCCACACCCAGCAGGGUCCGGCUGGAUGGCUCAGAAGUGUUCCACAGUGAACCAGAGCCCGGGGAGGUGCCCGGAGCAGGCACUGGGCCCCAGCCGAGGGCCAAGGGGAAGCACCCGGCCCUGCUGGAGGAUCCUGAGCAGGAGGGCAGCCUAGAGGAGGAGCUGGGUGCCCUGCCUCACCCCUCUGCAGCCCUGGAUGGAGAGAACAGGGGCGGCCGGACGAGAGACCCCAUCCUCCUGCCCCUCCCCGUUCCUCUGUUCCUGGACGGGCUCGCCGACUCAGCCCUGGAAGACGUGGAGAGCCUGCGGCACCUGAUCCUAUGGAGCCUGCUGCCAGGUCACCGCCCGGAAGCACAGCCCGCCAGCGAGCUCGAGGACGACCUCACCCCUACACCGUCUCUCGUGAGCGGCACCUGUCACCCCGCGGGCCGCGGCUCCCCGCGGUGCGCCCCCCCUGCAGUUGAAGGACCAGAGCAGGACGACACAGCUCUAUGCCCCCUGGAGCGGCUGCCCCCCCGGGCCAGGAAUUCUGGGGUCUGGGAGUCUCCCGAGCUGGACAGGAACCCGGAGGAAGAGGCCUCAAGCACCAAGGCAGCAGGAAGUUACAAAGUCGUGAGAAAAGCUGAGGUGGUGGGCAGCAAGGCUGUGCCCCCAGAGAGCGGCCAGUCAGGGCCUGAGCCACCUGAAGUGGAAGGCGGAGCAGAGGCAGCUGGGAACUGCUUCUAUGUCAGCAUGCCGGCAGGACCCCUGGACUCCAGCACCGAGCCCUCCCAGCCCGACGGCCUCCCUCCCUGGCAGCCUCGGGGAGGCAGUGGAGGUCUCCGGCACCCCAGCCGCUCCCCGUCCAGCCUGGUCCUCAGGGACGUGGGCAGCAUCUUCCGCACCAUCGAGCAGCUCACCGUCAAACUCAACAGGCUCAAGGACAUGGAGCUGGCCCACAGAGAGCUGCUCAGGUCCCUCGCGGGAGAGUCAUCGGGCGGCACCACGCCUGUGGGCAGUUUCCCCACAGAGGCGGCUAGAUGGACAGACGGCUCCUUGUCACCUCCAGCCAGGGAAGCCCUGGCCUCCGACUCCAGGGAUGGCCACCAGCCAGGGCCGUGCUCGGAGGACGGCUCCGACACCCUCCUGGAAGACAGCACGGUGCACGCAGCCUCGUCCCCAGGACUGUGACUGUCCCCAUUCCUCUGGGGACUGGCCGGAGGCAGGGGCACAGGGCUGUGGGAGUCCGGACCUCCUCCCUGCGGUGGAGGCCGUGGAGGACGGGUCUAGCGGAGACCCUGGGGGCGCCCCACGUGCCGCUUGGUCUGCUCAGGUCCCGGUCAAGUUUCAGUGUCUUCCUCUGCCUGCAGCCCCCCAGGCCUCUCCUGAGCAUGCUGACUGCAUCUGAAAGGCCCCCCAGACACACAGGGGAUAGAAGGAGUCUCUGUGUCAAUGCACUUUCUUCCUCCCUCCUUUCCUCCACAGGACCCCAGGGCUGAGGUGUGGGGUACCUCCGCCUCUGCCUUCUUUGUCACUUUGGUUUCCUAUAAAUAUGUAUGUACUGUAUGUGCAUCUCGCUUUGUAAAUAACUUCGACCUGUUUUGUUUGUGUUCCUGGGGUGCCGGAGGCAGGUCCAGAGGACCAGCUCGCAUCUCCUAGUUAACAGGCGGCUCCGGGGUCAGGGCCCAAGCCAGACCUGAGCACCGGGUCGCCCAGGGGCAGGAAGGCGUCCUGGCCCACCUGGCUUGAGAGCCCAGCCUCUGUGGCCCUAGCUGAGAGCUUCUUCCCCCUGCCAGGACUUGUCCUCUUCGGGGGAGUUCCUGCCCCCACCUCUGUCCACCCUUCCCCACCCUCUCCCUAGAGAAAACCAGUGUAUCAGGUACGGCCCUGAAGACUGGGCCCAGGAGGUGGGGCAGGGGGUUUGAAUGCUGGAGUCCCCACAUUAACCCAGGACCAUCCCCAGGGGCCACCGGCAGUAUUGGCCCCUGUCCCCAUGGCAGCCCCCUUCCCACACACUGUGCUAGGUGUAUAUAUACAUAUAUAUAAAUAUAUAUAUAAUAUAUAAAAUAUAGAGAUGGAAAUGACUGUUUUCCUGUUAAAAUAAUGUAUACUCUUUUAUUUUCUCUCUCUCAUGGUUAAGUUUUUUUUUUUUUUUAAGAAAAGUUAAAUAUUCUUCAACUGUG